CAAUCUUAGGGCCUAAGAAUAAUGAAUGCUAAAUAUAAAAGAUCGUGUGUGUUAUUGGUUUAAUUGUAAUUGGACCAAUUAUAUAGCAGUAUAGAGACAUUGAUAUCUUCACAUUCUAGGUUUCAGUUCUACGGUAUCUCGGAUUAGCAUGUCAAUCCCGCUAUAGCAAUUUAUGAACAUACUUGUUUACAGUAUUUCAUGCUCUCUAGUUGAUUUUAAUCAAAACCUAUUAUUCUUUCCUGUACAAUUGAAAUCGAUAUACAAUGAUAACAAUACAGAAAAAUUAUUUGUGUCUGCAGGAUGGAGAACAAUUACUUUCAAUUAAUUUAGAAAAAAAAUGAUUUUAUAUAUAUAUAUCAUGAGCUCAUAUAUGAACUAUCUGCAUUUCAGCAUAGUUAUUGAUAUAUAUAAAAAGAAAUCAAUACUAUUUGCUCCUGAAAUGUGCAAUGAGUUAUUGUAAUUACUUUUCACAUUGAAUAAUUUAACAAUUAAUGUGAUCAUAAUAUGCUUUAAGAUAAUAGUACAUAUUAAAGUAUUAUAUUUUAUUAUUGACCAACUUAACUGUACAUCAUUUUGUUUAUUGCGAAUUGUGUAAAUAUUAGGAAUAUUUGAAUUAAUUCUGAAAAAAUAACAAAAUUUAUCUUGCAUAAUCGCUUAAUAAAAUUAAUGCGAUUCGUGCGUUCAUAUUGAUCUGAAUACUUUAAACACGUUACAAAGAGCCGAUACGUACGAUCAUAAUAUUGUCCAUGGAAUUCGAAUACGCCCGUGUUUAAAAAUUGAUAUUACUUCAUUUUGCGGCUUGCUGCUCUGUUAUAAAUUCAUCGAUUACUUCGAAUGCUAUUUAAAGCAGACAAAUUAAUUAUUUUCUACUUGAUUGGUCUGUAUUGUACCUCUUUUUUAUUGCAUAAUUUUUAACAUAUAAAUCCUACUUCGUCUGCAAGUGCAUCUUUUCCAUAAGUUUGGUAAGAUUUGGGAACCUAGUAAAUUCUUUGAAGCAUGAAAAAUGGCAUAUCAUUUUAUGAAAAGUUAUGCAGUGAAAAAUAUCAUAUCGUAUAACGCAUAUAAAAAAAAGAGGUAUUGAACAAAUAGAAUAUAACGUUACACUUUAUUUAAGGCUUACUUUGAAAAAAGUUCAUCUUUAAAAAAAGAAUUGUAUGUUCUGCACAUUAUUAUUAUUAUUAUUACUAUCAUUAUUAUUAUUAUUGUCAAAAUGCACUUUGUUUGCUGUAUGUUUUGUUUUAAUAACCCAAAAAGGCACUCCUUAUAAAGCUUUUGUUGAUUUCAGUUCUCCAUAUCCCACAUUUCCAGUUGGUUCUAAGCUAUAUAGUUCAUAAUGUAAAAAUACAGCUUCUUAUAAAUAAUAUUUAACAGUUAAUUAGUUCUAAUUUAACUUGUACUAUGUAUGAAUAAUCUUCCAAGAAUGGUGCAAAAUAAGUUUCAUGUUACAGAACAUUAUGUUUAUAAUAUGCAGAUUUCUAAUGUCAUGUUACAAAUACCAAGGAAUAUGGUUAAUAUUGUUGCAUCUUGUUUUAAUGUGAGUAUUCAUUUUACGCUCUUCCUUCGUCUCAAAGAGGGCUUCCACUGUGAAGGUCAUUGUGAUUAUAAAAUGGCUAAUGCAUUAUUUCAUAUAUAUAUGUAUACAUACGUGGAACGAAUAAUAAUUGUGUUCUACUUUCUAAUUGCAAAAGCGAGAAUCGUAAUAUUUUACGUUUGUCAUGAUCGAAUUGAUGAUGAAUCGCGCCUCUAAUUUAUGAACUUAGUAUUAAUGUAAUGAUGAAUUAACAGCAAACUUUAUUACAUUUAUUAUUUUUAUAAUGUUAGAGAACAUAGGAAUAAAAUUACUGCUAAAUCGUGGAUAUAGAAACAUUGGCAAUCUGUAUGCAAAAUGUACAAUAAAAUAAGAACUUUAAUGUAGUCUGAUAAAGUUUUUAUUUUAUUUUUGACUUAAAAAUCUUAACGUAUGAAACUGACUUGUAUUCUAUUCUUUCCUUUUUAAAUAAUCAAUAAACUGUGAAUAUGCAUAGAAACUUUCAGUCGAAUUAUUACAUAAUAAUUCUCUCUUUUGCAAUGGCAAUAUAUGUAUAUACUAUACAUUUAUAUACAGUAUAUUAUUUAUAGAUGUAAUACAUAAGUAGCCACAUAUUAUAAAGUCUGUAUGUUACUUGUUUACUUCGUAAGCAUUAAUUACUUAAAUUUUACUAUGUUUCGUAUAAAUUGCAUUGGAUUGUUUAUCAUAUGUGACCUCUCAGAAUUUGUUAGGAUGCCAACAUCUUUAUAAGUAUGUUCAUCCUGUAUCUAAAAAACGCAGUAUAUUUUUCUAUCUGUAAUGCUUAGCGAUAAAUAUAAGUUCGGGCCUAUCUUUAAUGGUAUUGUAUAAUAAUUUGUAGAGUGUGCAUGAUUUAUUUUCAUUAUAUACAUGCUGCCUACGAUGUAAAAAAAUUAUUAGCAAUCGAUAUCUUCAAAAUACGUUAUAAAACAUCCUGAGAAGUUUAAUAAGGAUACAAUAAUAAACGAGAGUCAGACAAUGUACUUGUUCUUUCCAUGAAACUCAAAGAGCUGGUACUUCACUUUUUUCCCCACAAUGUUAAUACUUAAUAUUAAUUUUUACCUCAUUUAAGGGAAUAAAUUUUAGUAAAUUUGAAAUGGGGAACAACGAUGUAAUACUAAGUACGCGCAGUCGACGUAGAUCUGUGAUGGCGCUAAAGUUGAAUACAUUAAGGUUCACGUGGAUCACCGUGCGUUUGAGGGAUGAACAUGUGAAUGUACGGCAUGUUGACUUUUUCCUAUUUGUUUCAACUUUAUUUUCUUUAAUAUAUUAACGUAUGCAAAUAAGAGUGUCCGAAGAAUUAAAGAGUAACGAUGAAAGGUCCUUACAAGGCAAACAUUAAUGACUUUAUGAAUGAUUCUGACGAGUCAGGAUCUGAAAGUGUUCACUAUUCUGACGAUGAUAUUAAUAACAUUGAUGACAUGAAAAAUAAAUCUGCUAAAUAUGAAAAAUCAGAAGAUGAAGAUGAAGAAGAUGAAGUGGAAGAGGAAGACGAUGAAGAAAUACAAGAAGACAGCAUACAAGGGAAUAUGCUUGUAAUGACUGAUAAAAAAAGAAAAAAAGUUAUCGAUGAUGUUAUAGAUUCCAAGCCAAAAAAGAAAAAGAAAAUGCAUAGUGAACUUUAUAAACCACCAACAGUUGAAGAAUUAAAUCAACUUAGAGAGACAGAAAAUUUAUUUCAUUCCAAUUUGUUCAGACUACAAAUAGAGGAGAUGUUAAAUGAAAUUAGAAUUAAAGACAAAUAUAAACGUUUACUUGAUGCUUGGUUUCAAAAACUAGAGAUGACUAUAAACAAGAUAAAAGAAACAGAGGAGUAUCAGCUUUCAGGCAAAAAGUUGAAGAAAAGAUUGAAUGUUCAUAUACCAAUGCCUUGUGUACCUGAUGAUACAAAAAUAACAUUUCAAUUUUGUAAACCAACCCAGAUUGCUUUCAUAGGUUCCUAUGUAUAUAAUGCUACAGUUGGUCCAAAUAUUACUGUGGAUAUAAUGAUUGAAAUGCCUGCAAAAAUGUUUAAAAAAUUAGACUAUCAAAAUUAUAGAUAUAUUAAAAAGAAAGCUAUAUAUUUAGCAUACAUAGCAUCUAGCAUUACCAAUGAUAUUGCAGAAGAAAAAAAGUUUGUUGGAGAUAAUUUAAGACCAAUGUUGAAGAUUGUGCCAAGUGGAAAAUUAGGUAGAAAAAUUAAUGUACUGUUGCAUGUAACAGCUCAAGAAGAGAGUUUCAAAUUAAAUAGAUUUUUACCAGAAAAAAAUAGUGUUAGACCUGGAUGGUUUUUCUCGAAGGAAACAGAUGUUGCAGAAAAUUUACCACCAACACCGCAUUACAAUUCUAUAAUUCUUCGCGAUUUAGUGGUCUCAAGAAUAAACUCGGAAAAUUUAAAUAUAAUUAAAGAAUAUCCAAAUCUGAGGGAUGGUAUUAUAUUACUAAAGAUAUGGCUAGUUCAGCGUGAAUUGAUAAAAGGCUUUGAGGGCUUCAAUGGAUAUGUUAUAACAAUGUUUGUUCUAUAUUUAUUAUCUAUUAAGAAAUUAAAUACGUUUAUGAGUAGCUACCAGAUAGUAAGAAACGUGUGGCAUCAUUUAGUGCAAGUUAGUUGGCACGAAACUGGCAUAACAAUGAGUCAAAAGGAAGAUAGUAAUGAUAUGGUAUUGAAUUAUAAAAAUUAUUACGACUGUGUCUUCUUGGACAGCACUGGUUACAAUAAUAUAGCGGCACAUAUAUCUAAAGAUAAUUUUUCUUGGAUCCAAAGAGAAGCAGAACUUUGUUUGGAACACUUGGAUAGUGUACAUGCAAAUAGUUUUCAAUCUCUUUUCAUGAGAAAAGUACCAUUUUAUAGAGCCUUUGAUCACAUUAUAUGUUUGAAGGAUUCCUGGACAAUGAAAAGGGUAGUACAGAAUAAGUCAAAUAGCAAUGAUAAGUUAGAUUAUGGACCUAAUUAUCAUAAUCAAGCAAUAAAACUAAUUUAUAAUGUACUGAAACGAGGAUUAACAAACAGAGUACAUCGCAUUUGUGUAUUGCCAAACGAUUUCACAGAAUGGGAGUGUACAGAAAACAGUUCUGAUGAUAUCGGACAGAUUUCUAUCGGAUUAGAAUUAAAUUCGGAGUUUUGCUUUAGUGCAGUGGAUAAAGGGCCUGAAGCAAAUUUACCGGAAGCAGCAGAAUUCAGAAAUUUCUGGGGGACAAAAUCAGAAUUACGUCGGUUCAAAGAUGGAUCUAUCCGCGAAGCUGUAGUUUGGUCGGAAGACAAAACAGCCUCGUCAAGAAGAUUUAUAUGUAAAAGAAUUGUAGGUUUCUUAUUCAGGAGAAAGCUUGGUUUAAAUAAAGACAAGUUCCUGUACGUUGCCCAAGAAAUGGAAUGCCUCUUACAAUUACAAAAGGUUGAAAUAACGCAUUUCGCUUACGGUACUGGGGAAGAAGCUACGUUGAGAUUGAUAAAUGUAUUUAAUAAUCUUGAAAAACAAUUGAUGAAUCUAACGGAUAUUCCUUUAUCGAUCCAUGGAGUUCAAGGAUCCAGUGCAGUCUUUCGAUACACGGAUGUUUUCCCACCGAUCGCAACAGUUUAUCCACCCGAUAAUCGACUCAUUAAGGAACACAAGAAUUAUUUAAUCUUAUCAGAAAAUGUAACUUCAUCUCCCAGAUACGUUACUCCGCUUGAUGUGUGUCUGCAAUUGUCGACAAGUGGAAAAUGGCCAGAUGAACUGGAAGCUUUCAGAAAAACAAAAGCCGCUUUUCAUUUACAAAUUGCAGAAUGUCUUAGGAAACAAUACAUGUCAAUAGUGAAUGCAAACUACUCGCAUAUUGAUCUGUACAAGGAAGGAUUCGUUUUUCGCUUGCGGGUAGCGCAUCAAAAGGAAAUUGCCUGUUUAAAACAACAGGUGACAGAAGAUGGAGUUAAACAGUACAAAGAUAACGACGAAUCAAUUGAAUUAGAAAGCAAAUUGUUUGAAUUGCCAAAAUUAACUAGUGCUUUACACGGAUUACAUGUUCAACAACCGUCCUUUGGAGCAGCUUGUUGUCUAACAAAACGAUGGCUUUCUGCUCAGUUAUUGGAUGAUUCCCACAUACCGGAUAUCGUUGUUGAGUUACUUGUAGCUUCUAUGUACUUAACACCAGCUCCGUACAGGCCUGCUCAGAUGCCUCAAGUAGCCUUUCUGAGAAUAUUGGAAAUUUUCGCGAGAGGUCACUGGAACACGGAUCCUGUGAUUGUGAAUUUUAACUAUGAAAUGACUAAGGAAGAAAUUGCUGCUGUGGAAAAUCUAUUCGGAUCAUCUCGUGACUCUUUACCACCAUUAUUCAUAUCUACUCCUUAUGAUCAACAAGGAUCAUUAUGGACAAAGAAAGUGCCCAGUACUCUAGUUUUAAAUCGUAUCACUGCUUUGGCAAGACAGACUUUAAAAUCAUUCGAAGAUCAACUUUCCACAAGAAUUUGGUUAGACGUCAGGGCUUUGUUUAGGCCACCACUCACAGAGUACGACUGUUUAAUACAUUUGAAGCCACAUAUGAUUCCUAGAAGGAGGCAAGCAAUUGAUGUCGAUAGAGAGUGUUCUGUCUCUAGCAUACAUCCAUACAAGAUGCACUCUGCACAAAAGAUACCAGUUAUUGAUUUUGAUCCUGUACAACUUUUCUUAAAAGAACUAAGAAAUGGAUACGACGAAUUCGCCCUCUUCUUUUACGACACCUAUGGUGGCACGGUAAUAGGAGUAUUAUUUAAACCCUCUGCGUUAGAAACCAAAGACUUCAAAGUCACGAAUAUUAAUUGUCGAAAGUGUAACGACGACGGUCAGCUGGUAUUAAAUAUCUCGGCAAUGAUUCAAGAUUUUUAUAUACUCGGGAAAGAUGUAAUAAAAGCGAUCGAUGUUCAAUCGAAAAGAUUUUCUUUGACAUGAUGAUUUCAUUCGAAGAAAUAUUAGGCUACAUUUCGUAUUGACACAGUUCAGUUUUAAUGUAAAUAUUUAAAAAUUCAUAUUUGUAUUGUACAACGAACAAUGUAUACAUAAUUUGAAAUGUAUAUGAUGCUCGAUAAAUUUAUUUGAAUAAUGUAAAGAUGUUCAAUAAAUUUAUUUGAAUAAAUAUACAUAUACGUAUA